UUUAUAGGAAGCCGCGGUCUCUAGCCACCUUAUAAAACCAACCGCGCCGAGGCCCCGCCAUUCAAUUGUGAACGUUCGACCUCACCACACGUACCACGCCGUACGCAAUUACACAAUAUUCAAAUAACGUGAAACUGUGCAACAUGAGUACCUCGAGCGCCUCGUCCAUGCUCCUGUUCAUCCUGAACAUUAUCCACGUUGUCUUCGGGCUCGCCAUCACCUGCACAGCAAUAUGGUUCUUCGUAGAAGUCCACAACAUCACCAGCCUGAGGAACGCCAACCAUUACCUCCUGGACUACAACGUGUACUGGCCCCAGGCCAUCCCCUGGGUGUUCAUCCUCGUCGGAGUGCUAGUGCUGUGUGUCUCGUGCUGUGGUUUCGUCGGUGCCAAGAAGAAGAGCAACGGUCUAGUAGUGAUGUACACAGUGUUCCAAGUUACAACGAUCGUCGCCUUAAUAGCCGCUGUUGUUGUCGCGCUAGCGCUCGCCGACUCCUCAUCCACUGACAAGUUCAUUAAAGAUACUAUCUGGGAUGUGUACGGGACCAUGAAGAGCGACCCGACUAUUGAAACUCCGUUUGGCACGAUGGAGAAGCGUUUACAGUGCUGCGGCGCGUCCACCCCGAGGGACUACAUCAGCUGGCGCCGCGAGUUCCCCAUCUCUUGCUGCGACACCAACUACCACGGCUUCCUCGGCUCGUACAGCAUCGACUGCGACUUCACGAACAAACUGGCCAAUGAGAGGCACGGCUGCGCGGAGGUCGCGACCAAUUACACGAGAAUAGUGAUCAGGGUCCUGUCCGCCGCGUCCGUGUUCACCGCCUUCAUUGGAUUAAUGAACGUAAUUGUAGCUGUGACCUUAUCGAAAAGCGUGAGCAAGAAGCCGAGAAUGCCCCCACAGGAGUAUGAGAGCAAAAAGGUUCUGUUGUAGAUUAGGCAAUAGUUAGUUUGUGUGUACCUCAAGGGUCCCACUUGGGACCGGUUCACUUAACAAGUUUUUCCUUUCUUGUCGAAGAGAGCGAUCAACGUUAAGUAACAUAUGUCGGUGUGAAGAAACUUGCUAAACAUUUACGCAAUGUUGGCUGCGACAGUAUUUCUUAGUAUUUAUGUUAGUUUUAAGUAGGUUAACUGCACGUGAGCGAUUUGUAGCUUUAAUUUAUCCACCGUAAUCGCUCAAGCUUGUAGCUUCUAGUCUUAAAGGCUAUUAAGAGCAUUUAAUGCACUUAAUAUUGAGAUGGACCAUGUGCAGGACGAGACAAAGGAUGGGAUGAGUCAAGACUUAAGCGAGAUAAUUGAAUUGACUCUCAUUUGAUAAUAGUACUCUUUGAAUGAACUUCAUGUGACUGACCCUUGUCGGUAUAACCUGCUAAAGUAAUGAAGCUUAAAGGUUAUUUUUUUCGUUUAUUCGCAAUAUGAACGUACCUGCGAUAUUUACCAAAAAUAUAAAUGUUACAAGAGUGAAUAAUAAUUUAGGAUUUUUAGGUGUUAAUUUGAGGUGAAGGCACCUGUUACCAGAUGUAAAAUGUGAAUAGAAAUUGUAUUUUUAACAGAUUUAUAUAAUACAGAAAUAAUUGUAUGUAGUUACAGAUAACUUGUUGUGUCAUUAGAAGCCAUUGUGAGUGGAUUGUAUAGGUAUAACCCGUUUGUAUUUAUCAAGUUCUUCCUCAAACGGAUUUGUUGAAGUAUUUGAAACAAUAGCACGAGAUAUAACCUUGUAACGCGUCAUAGAAUUGAAAUAAUUAUGUAAAGAAUUAUUUUUCUAACAUAUAUCAUGACAUUUUUGUAUAUCUAAGUAUAUAGGUGUCUAAGAAUGAUCUUAGAUUUCCAUUUAUACUUGACUCUCGUACAUUCCUGUAAAUAGGCGAAUACCAAGCUUUUGAAUGAUGUUACUGAUUGUUCGGAACCCACAGUUGCGUUAUAGUAACAAAAAUGACAAUAACAACAUUCAUCCCAAGCUAUUUGAAACCUUAAAUCGUAGGUAUAAGGACUGAAUUCGUCUGCAUAAUCAGCUUACGUAAUAUUUAUUUUAUGUGUAGUUAUAGCAUCAUCGUGAAUUAUAGAAACUUUGUAAAGUGUGUCGACUACGUACCUGUGAGCUUGAGGUCCGAGUAUUAGGCCGGCCACACACGAUCAAACGGUUUGAUCAGUCCUUAUGAUAAGUUAUGAAUGACUGUUUAAUUUUAGUUUUAAGUUGCUUUGUGUAUUCGCAUUUCAUAAAAUAGACUGGAUGUUUUUGAAAAUCAUUGUUUUUAUUACCAUUAUUUAAGCUUAUUAACCCUAGAUAGAA